UUGUAGAACGACUUAAAAAAUAUGAUUUGACACAUUUUGACAGUUGACACAAUACAAAAAACAAAACAAAAUCUACGAAAAUAUUACUGGAAAGUAUUAAAAACUAUUACUGAAAUUAUAACAAUUAAUCAUUCUACUGUAUUGAAAUUCAAGUUUUCUUUAUAUAAUAUUUAUGAGUAAAAACUUGUUGAAGCUAUUUUCAAUUAUUAGUUUCCGUAAACUUCUGUCGUCCGCAAAUCCAUUUCAGUACAAAAUGGUGAGGUAUUUUCCCAAUCCAUACGAUGAUUUUAAGCCGGGAGCAUCAGGGUUGGAAAAGGAGGCUAUAAUGGCACAGCUAAAUGAACAUCUAGUAAACAUUACGAAGCGGCUUCAGCCUAAUCGGAAGAAUAUUGAUGGCGGUUUAUACGUCGGCAUUACCGGCGUAUCUUUUAUGUUCUAUUAUUUGUCGAAGAAUUCGGUUCUUUCUGACAACAAAGCGUUAUUUCUUGAAAAAGCUAUGGACUAUCUAAAACCGGCACUCGAAACUUCAGCCGGAGACAAAACAUCCUUUUUGUUGGGCGAUGCUGGGACUUACGCAAUAGCCACCGUGUUGAAGAAGGAUUUAGGCGAUGAACAUUACGUCGACUUUCUUAAAAUGUACAAGUCGCUCUACAUUCAGUAUUUAAAUCCGAAGUUCCUCAAGUGCGGUGGAGAUGAGUUUUUCGUAGGACGAGCUGGAUAUUUGGCAGGUGUACUGUGGAUCAGCAGAGAAUUAAAAACUCAAAUAUUCAGUAAUGAGGAUUUAUACAAAAUAUGUGACCUCAUGGUUGCGUCUGGGCGUGAUUAUUCCAUGAAGCAUAAGAGUCCUUGCCCAUUGAUGUAUCACUACUAUAACACACAGUAUCUCGGUGCUGCUCAUGGUAUUAGUUUUAUAUUGCAAAUGUUACUUACUGUACCAGGGUACCUGCAAUACAAUAAGUCAGCUGCUAAUGAUAUUAAGACUACCAUUGAGUUUUUAGUUUCCUUGCAAACUGAAGAGGGAAAUUGGCCUUGUUGCAUGGAGGAAGUUGGUUUAAGUGACCACAAGUUGGUGCAUUGGUGCCACGGAGCUCCAGGCACUAUAUACCUAAUGGCUAAAGCAUAUUUGGUAUUCAAGGAUAAAAAGUUUCUUGAUGCUUGUAUCAGGGCCGGAGAAGUUGUGUGGCAAAAGGGAUUACUUCGUAAAGGCCCAGGAAUUUGUCACGGUGUUGCUGGCAAUGGUUAUGUUUUUCUACUUCUCCACAGGUUAACAGGAGAUGAAAAAUAUUUGUAUAGAGCGCAGAUGUUUGCUGAUUUUUUGAUAACUGAUGAGUUUCAGAAGGAUGCGAGGUUGCCAGAUAAUCCAGAAAGUUUGUAUGAAGGCACGGCUGGCACAGUGUGCUAUUUAGCUGAUUUACUUGUACCCGAUAAGGCAGAGUUUCCAUUUCAAGAUGUUUUUUAAUGUAUCAAUAUUUAUUGACAAGUGUGUUUUAACUUAUUGUACCCUUCAUAUUUAUAAAUUUGUUGUCUGAAUAAA